AUGCCUCCCAAGAAGGUUACCAGCGCGCCCAAGAAGGCCGCUUCCAAGGCUGCUGCUCCUGCUCACACCUCCUACCGUGAUAUGAUCAAGGAUGCUAUUAUCAGCCUGAAGGAACGCAAUGGUAGCAGCCGACAGGCCAUCAAGAAGUAUGUUCAGUCGAACAACAAGAUCAACUUCUCUUCCCAGAGUGUUUUCGAUGCUCAGUUCAACAAGGCCAUCAAGGCCGGUGUUGAGAAGAAUGAGUUCACCCAACCCAAGGGCCCAUCCGGACCCUUGAAGCUUGCGAAGAAGGAAGCUCCCGUCAAGGCCGCUCCUAAGCCAGCAGCAAAGCCUGCUGCUAAGGCCGCUGCCACUAAGCCCGCUGCCAAGGCUACCACCAAGAAGGCCGCACCCAAGGCUGUCGCAAAGACUGCCGCCACCAAGAAGGCUGCUCCUAAGAAGACUGCCGCCAAGAAGACUGCUACCAAGCCAAAGGCCAACUCUGGCAAGGUCCGCAAGACCACCACUGCCGCCCCUGCUAUUGUCGAACAGCCCAAGGUUACGACCACGACAAAGUCUGGCCGCAUCACCAAGACCACUGCCCCGCAGUCAGCCGCUCGGGCUGCUCCCAAGAAGCGAGUUUCUAAGAAAUAG